AUGUUUUCGCGCCUCAAAGGCGCCAUAGAUAGUCGCAUCGCCGAGGAACAGGCUCGCCAGCGACAGGCCCAGCUCGGUGCCCAACAGUCCACCAGGACUCCUCCACGAAGACGUCCUCAGGGCCAAAAUACCGCUCCUCCCAGGCGGCCUUCACGCCAACGGGAGCAGGCAAACGAGAAUACCUCGACCGGGAAAGGCCCUGAUCCCUCGGAGUUCGAGCCCGAGUUUGCCAUUGGUGAUGAUGAAAGCAGUGUUCCUAGCAGAGUAGCUACUCCUAUACCAGAGGUCAAGGAGAAGGAUCGGGAUCAUGAUCAUGAUGGAGAAAAUGAUAAAGAAAAUGACAAAGAGAAGCAGCCGGCGCCUGCCGCUGCUGACGAGACAAAUGAGCAACACACUUCGCAAGAUGCUACGACCGAGAAGAGACCCUCGGAUGCAUCCACGACUCUAUCUCCUCCAUCACGUUCCCAAGAUCUUCCCACAGACGUCCGCGUGAAACUACGCAAACUUGAACGCAUGGAGACGAGGUAUGGUGAAUUGCUCAAAGCCUACCGCUCCGCCCACGCCCGUAUCCAAGCCGUCGAGUCAUUCGAGUCUACUUUACGAGAGAACACGCCUUUAACCAGUAUUAACGAUGCUGAUGCCUUGGUUGAGUACCUGUCCCAGAUCAAUCUAAAGAGUGACAUGGUCCUGGACGAAUUGAAAAGGGUCACGACAGACAGGGAUGGUAUAAAGAAGAAGUUACAGGCUUCAGAAGACGACGCCACCAAAUUACGGGAUGAGGUUGCCGUUUUGAAGGAAAAUUCUGCUCCCAUCGAGCAGCCUAAGCCUUCUCCAGACCCUACCCAAGCCAUCUCGAUCCCAGACCCUACUAUUGUAGCACCGACCGAUACCGACACACUGAACGAACCCGAAGCGACUGCCAAAUCACCCGCCUCUACCUCCUCCCGCAUAGCCAGCUUCUCGCUUUUCUCCCCACGCACCAAAGCCGUUUCCCCACCACCCAAAGAGACUUCGGAAGACCUGUUCUCCUUCGAUUCCGAACACGCCAGAUUGGAAUCAGAGCUUCAAGAACGCCAAACUGAAGUCGAAGAUUUGAAACAACAGGUCAAUAACUUGAAAGGCGAUCUGAAGGUUGCCCGCGAGUCGACGGAAAGCAUGGUGCAGAGCCUCGAGACUGCGACUCGUGAACUGCAUAUGUUGCGUGAAGCGAAGGAUAAGUUUGACCAAUUACAAAUGGAUUUGCAGGCUCAAAUUGAUAACCUGGAAGCCAAAUCAAAAUCAGACGGGGACUCUUCUGACCGUCUCAAGAAAGAUAUCAACAAUCUAAAUGCGCAGAAAGCAGAAGCAACUGAGCAGUGCCACAAGCUUAAGAAGCAAAUCCAGGACCUGGAAACGCAAAACGCCGAGCUGAAGCAACUCUCGGAAUCUCGGGCCAAAGAUGCAACUAUCUUGAACGAGAAGCUUGCACAAAAAGACUCGGUUGUCAAAGAUCUAGAAGAUACCUUGGCGAUGUACAAAGCAGCUGAGCGCCAGGAAGCCAAGGGAAAGGGAAAUAGCCAGUCAAGCGAGAAGAAGCUUGUUACCAUGCAAAAUAUCAUGGACACCUUGCGUGGCCAAUUGAGUACGGCGGAGAGCGCGGUUGCCGAAUUAAAGGCUGAAGUUAAAACCAACAAAGAAGAAUACUCGAGCCGGCCCUCCACAAAAGUUUUUGGAUUUCUGGAUGAUAGCAAGAAGGCUUCCAUCGAUAGCCUUAAUUCUCGGGAAGACGUUGUAAAUUAUCUCUCUGAGAACUUCGGGUUGCAAAAGACAAGCACUGCAAAACUGGCGACUACCAUGUUAACUUCCUCACCCGCCCCGUCGGACGCCGGUACAGCUGCAUCCAAGAAGAAGAACAAGAAGAAAAAGAAAGGCAAAGGACAGCAGUCGGCGGUGGAAGAUGCUGAAGUCGAUACGCCGGUCAAAGUAUCAGAGAACCUUGCUGAUGUUGAUGGUGGUGAGGCUAGCAGUGUCGAUGGUCCACAUUUGCAAAUUUCGAAGCUCGAAUCGGAGUUGCUCGGGCUCAAACAGGAGAUCGCCGCAAAGGAUGCCACAAUUGACAGAAUCUCGGAACAGCUGAAGGAUCAAGAAUCUUUGCAGGAGGAAAUUGAAACCCUGCGAGAUGAUCUCCUUCAUCAAGGUGAGGAGCAUGUUGAAGCCCGAGAUGCUCUGAAAAAGGUGCUGAGCGAGAAGUCUACUCUCCAAUCUUCCCUGGAUAUUCUUGAGAAAGCCCUUAUGGAGGCGCGGAAGGCAGCCGCCACCGGCGCUGACUCGGAAAAAGCGCACAAGCAAAUGGUCGAGCAAUAUGAUGAGCUCCAAGGUCGAUGUACCACCCUACAAAAGGAUUUAGAAGCAGCGGAGCAAUUAGCAACAGCCAGGUUCAAGGAUAUAACGGACUUGAAGGAUAUUCUCGCCAAAGCCCAACCCGAAUUGCGCAAUCUGAGAAGUGAGGUUGCUGAGCUCAAAUCAGCCAAGGAUGAUUUGAAGAACAAGACAGGUGAGCUUAAUAGACUUGAAGCUCGACAUGAAGAUCUCAAAUCCGAGCUUAAGGGUCUUGGCAAGAGAUUGAGCGACAAGGAUACCGAAAUCAAGGAACUCCAACAGAAGAUUGAUCAAGAGACGAAUAACCGUACCAGGAUAGAGAAGGAUCUGGACAAGGCACAGGGUGAUCUGAAAACAGCAGAAUCGCGCCGUCAAGAAGCGUCAAGCAGUGCGGACCAGUUGAGCCAAAACCUGGUCAAGGCCAAGGAAGAGUCAACAAUGCUCAGGGCAAAGUUACAUGACCUGGACAAACAGUUGUCUCAGCAAGUUCGAGAGGUCUCGAGCUUGAAGGAAGAGGUCUCACUAAAGACAGCGCUCCAUUCCUCGGCUCAGUCACUUGUACAAUCCCUGCGAGAUCAGACUCAUGAGCUGAAUAUGCAAGCACGUGAAUCAGUGACCAGAGCCGAUAACUUGGAAGAAGAGCUGACCGAAGCCCAACGAAUGCUCUCUGAGCGAACACGUGAAGGUCAGACAAUGCGUAUGCUUCUAGACCAGUCACAAAGCGGUACUGAAGCCCGACUUCGUGAAAUGAAGGAACGGAUGGAUGCUGCCAUUGAGGAGCGUGACCGUGUUGAAGAUGAAGCAAGCGUCAGCAAUCGCCGUAUGAUGCGUGAGGUCGAAGAGGCCAGAAGUAAGGCCCGUGAUGCGCACCGAGCGCUGAAGAUCUUGGAAGACGAGAAAGACGAGCUUGAAACAAGACAGAGAGACUGGAAGAAACGGAGGGACGAGCUCGAACAAGCUACCACUGCAGCAACCAGGGAAGUGGAGGAGGUAAGAUCCGCAAUGUCCGGCCUGAGAGAGGCUCUCGAUGAGAGUGAGCGACAAGUGCGUGAACUAGACACCCAAAAGGCUGAUCUGAGACGCGUGGGAGACGACGCCCGAGAACGAGUUGAGAAAUUGACCAAAGCAAACAAGACACUGACAGAGGAGCUCAAGGCCGCGCAGUCAGGAAUCAAAAACCUCAGACUGCCAGGUCGUGCAGGCACCGGAGUCGACUCAGGCGCUCCAAGCUCUCGCACAUCUAUUGAUUCAACGACCGCGCGCUCACCUGCCCCAAAGGAGCGCUCGCUGUUGUCGAGUAAUAACAGUCGCAGUGAAACGCCAACAACCACGGCGAGUGGAGGUUUGAGCAAAGGGACAGUUGACUACGUUUACCUGAAGAAUGUAUUACUACAAUUUUUGGAGCAGAAGGAUAAAGGCCACCAGAGGCAGCUAAUUCCCGUAUUGGGGAUGCUGCUGCAUUUCGACAGGUAA